GCAUUUUAGCGUGGCGGCGAAAAUCUGGUACUGUUACCAUACGGUAAAGAUAUUUUCGCUCUAUAUAGAAGCCCAAGCACUCUUGUAUGUCAAAAGACGAAGAAGGUAUUUCACCCAAAAGAAAAAAAAAAAAGUCGGAAGGAGCUAAAAGUAUACGAAAAAAUCUCUGAAUAACCAGAGAGGAAUCGGCGCCAUAUUUUUACUGCGAGCGGAUAUGGAAUGUUGUUGGUGUGUUGCAUUCCUUUCCAACCCCGCAUCACAUGUAUGAUAAAAUGCCUCUAUGAAGUGAGUGUCCACCUUUCCUGAUAUAUUCAGGCCCGGCAACUGUUCGGAAUUAUGCUGGCGGUUUACCGACGAAGACCAUGACUUUCUCCGUUAAACUGGUUGUUCCUCAACCUGCUCAUUCUUUUCAAUUUUCCACUCCAUCUUCCAACUUCAAGAUUAAAAAUUCAACUCUUACUCGCUCACUUACAAUUGCUCAGAAAUCUGAUGGAGCAUUCCAAAGGAAAUUCCCGAAUUUAAUUGAAUCCGAUGGAACUCAACAGCUGUCCCAUAAACAACCAUUCAUUCAUCUUGUGCGUGAUUGUGCAGACAAAAGGUUUCUUGAAAAACUAAAAGCUGCUCAUGGGCUUGUGUUGAAGUCCGAAUAUUUGGAAGAGACAGACUUGUUGGUCUUGUUAAAUCAUGUAGCCCACACGUAUUCAAAAUGUUCGGACUUUAUCGCAGCUCGUCGAGUAUUUGAUAAAAUGUCGCAAAGAAACAUAUUCUCUUGGACUGUCAUGAUUGCUGGAGCAACAGAGAAUGGCUUUUUUCAUGAUGGGUUCAAGUUCUUUUGCGAUAUGGUGAACCUUGGAAUCUUGCCGGACAAAUUUGCAUACUCUUCUAUCCUCCAGACAUGUAUUGGGUUAGAUUGUGUUGAACUUGGUAAAAUAGUUCAUGCCCAGAUUGUUACAUGUGGCGUUGCGUCUCAUACCUUUGUUGGUAUAUCUCUUCUGAACAUGUAUGCAAAGUUGGGGAUGAUUGAUGAUUCAUUUAAGGUGUUCAGCACCAUUAAAGAACACAAUCAAGUAUCCUGGAAUGCAAUGAUCUCAGGGUUUACCUCAAAUGGCCUCCACAACGAAGCAUUUGAUCUUUUUCUCAAAAUGAAGGAUGAUGGCAUCAGACCAAAUGUGUCCACAAUUAUUAGCGUAUCGAAAGCUGUUGGGAACUUAGGUGAUGUUAAUAAGGGUAAAACUGUUCACUGUUAUGCAUCAGAAUUUGACAUGCACUCUAAUGUUCAUGUGGGAACUGCUCUCAUAGAUAUGUAUUCAAAAUGCGGGUCUUUAUCAGAUGCAAGGUCUGUCUUUGACUUGAGUUUUACUAGCUGUGGAGUCAACACACCAUGGAAUGCAAUGAUUUCAGGUUAUUCACAGUGUGGGUUUAGCAAAGAAGCUUUGGAACUCUUUCUAAGGAUGUAUAAAAACGAUGUCCAACCAGAUCUUUACACUUACUGUAGUGUGUUCAAUGCCAUAGCUGCUUUAAAAUGUAUGCUUUUUGUUAAGGAAGUUCAUGGGAUUGUUUUAAAGUCUGGCUCAGGAUUUAAGACUAGUGUUUGGAAUGCAAUAGCAGAUUCAUAUGCUAAAUGUGGGUUGCUUGAAGAUGCUAGGAAGGUUUUUGAUAGGAUGGAAGAGAGAGAUAUAGUUUCUUGGACAACCUUGGUGAUAGCUUACUCUCAAUGUUCUGAAUGCGAGGAAGCGCUAGUCAUCUUCUCGAAGAUGAGGGAAGCUGGAUUUACACCCAAUCAUUUUACAUUUUCUACCGUGCUUGAUGCAUGUGCUAGCCUUUGUUUACUUGAGUACGGCCAGCAAGUCCAUGGUCUUAUAUGUAAGGUUGGCUUGGACACUGAUAAGUGUACAGAAAGUGCUUUGAUUGACAUGUAUGCCAAAUGUGGUAGUAUAAGUGAGGCGAAGAUGGUUUUUGAGAGUAUUACUAAUCCUGAUACUGUUUCAUGGACUGCGAUAAUAUCAGGUUGUGCACAACAUGGUCUUGUGGAGGAUGCUCUUCAACUCUUUAGGAGAAUGGAACAACUGGGUAUGAUGGUCAAUACUGUUACCUUGUUGUGUAUCCUGUUUGCUUGCAGCCACAAAGGUAUGGUCGAGGAAGGCCUGUAUUACUUUAAGCAAAUGGAGGAAUGUUAUGGUCUGGUGCCUGAGAUGGAACAUUAUGCUUGUGUCGUGGAUCUCUUGGGCCGUGUGGGCCACCUUCAUGAUGCCAUGGAGUUCAUAGAAAAAAUGCCAGUUGAGCCCAAUGAAAUGGUCUGGCAGGCCCUAUUGGGAGCGUGUAGGGUCCAUGGCAAUGUUGAGUUGGGGGAGAUUGCUGCUCAGAAGAUCCUUUCCAUUAACCCAGAAUACUCAGCUGCCUAUGUCCUUCUAUCUGAUACAUACAUCAGGACAGGAAGUUAUGACAAUGGGCUUAGUUUGAGACAUAUGAUGAAAGACCAAGGUGUGAAAAAGGAAGCAGGGUAUAGUUGGAUCUGUGUGGAAGGUAGAGUCCACAAAUUUUACGCUGGAGAUCAAAUACAUCUUCAGAAAGAUCAUAUAUAUGCAAAUGUAGAAGAGUUGAGUGAGAAGAUCAAAUCAAUUGAUUGUACACCAGAUCUCAUGCAUGUAUUGUAAGAUGUGAAUUGGGGAGAAAAUUUACGAUGGGCAGUGUGUAUGUAUUUUAUUCGCUUAA